CCAUCGAAUGCACUGUAGCUGUUGAAUAGCUAUCAUCAUGCCGUUAACAGGCAAACGUGGUCGUGGGCCGGCGGGGGCCGGGGCGGCGCAAGACGAUGCAGCGGCGGGCCCAGGGCCAGGAAGCUCAGCUGUAAAUGGGGGAACAUCGGGAAGCCUUGUAGCGCUGCAUAGGUCUCGCAUGUUUGACUGGAAACCUUCAGCGGUGGUCGCAAUUGCACCAUGCCCCGGCGCGCCGCUCUUUGCCGUCGGCUACGAGUGCGGGAGCCUGGAGCUUUGGGACAUGCUGCAAUUGGUUUGCACUCAGACCGUGGCCGGCCCCUCCCUGGAGCUCACCUCUCUGGCCUGGGCUCGUGACAGCGUGUCCAACACCUGGCGCACCUUCGCCGCCUUUCUGGAUGGCACCAUUGCCGAGGUGCUGUGGCGCCAAGCCUCCGUUGCACACGCGCUGGACUCGUACGGCGGCGUGGUGUGGGCGCUGGCCGCCGCGCCCGUGGCCUGCGUGCGCCCCGGCUUUGCGCACGUGCUGGCGGCCGCGUGUGAUGACGGCAGCGUGCGGCUGUUUGGCUGCGAAGGCGGCGAGCCGGGGCUGGUGGCGGAGCGGGUGUUGGCACGGCUGGAGGGGCGGCUGCUGUGCGCUGCCUGGCACGCGGGCGGCACGGCGCUGGCGGUGGCGGGCACCAGCGGCAACAUCCACGUGCUGGACGCGAUGUCGGGCCGUGAGCAGCUGCGCAUCACCGCCUCGCCCAGCGCCACGCGCGCCGUGACGGUGUGGCGCCUGCUGUCGCUGCCCGACGGCACGCUGGUCAGCGGCGACAGCGACGGCGCGGUGCAGAUGUGGGACGGCCGCUUCGGCACGCAGCUGGCGCGAUUCAACCAGCACCGCGCCGACGUGCUGGCGCUUGCGGCCACUGAGGACGGUUCGGCGGUGUUCGCGGCGGGCGUGGACUCGCGCGUGGCGCAGUUCGCACGCGUGGCCGGAGCUGCGCCCGGCCAGCCCGACGGCUGGGCCUACACGCACUACAAGCGGCCACACACGCACGACGUGCGCGCGCUGGCCCUGCUGGCCAUGCCGGGUGUGGGGCGCGGCGAGCGGGCGGAGCGCGGCGAGCGCGGCGGCGGCGGCGGUGCCGGCAACGCGAACGCGGUGCUGCUGAGCGGCGGCGUGGAUGCGCAGCUGAUCGCGUACACGGCCCAGACCUUCCUGCAGGAGCAUCCGCACCGGCUCAGCAAGUGCCCGCAGCGGCCCGCCUGUCAGGCCACCUCAGCGUGCGGCUCCGGCACAGCUGCGGGCAUGGGUGCGGGCGGUGCGUCGGCGCACGCAGCGCGGCUGAUGGUGGCGCAGCACGACAUUAUUGACGUGUGGCAGCUGGCGGAGGCGGCGGACGCGACAGCCAGCGUGUCUGCGGCAGUGGCAGCGGCGCGGCAGCACCAGAACGGGGCUGCGGGGCCGCGCGGCGGGUCAGGGGCGGGGGCGGGGGCCGCAGUGCUGCCGCCGCCGGGUCACGUGCACGAGGGCGAGCCGCUGGAGCUGCUGUCGGCGCCGCGGCACCUGGCCCGCAUCCGGACAAAGGGCGCGCGGGUGGCGGCGGCGGCGAUGUCGCCGUCGGGCGGCUUCGUAGCGGCGGCCACACCGGCGGGCGCGCGUGCGUACGUCAUCGAGGGCGGCGCCGUCAGCCGGCUGCGCCUGGCGCCGGCGGCGGAGGAGGCGGCGGCCAUCGCCGUCGCCGCCACGGACUCGCACGUGGUGCUGGCGCUGCCCGACGGCGGCCUGCUGGCCUGCUCGCUGCCCGACGGCACCGUCACGGCGCGGGCGCAGCCGCGCGCCGCCGGCCCCGCCGCCGCCGCCAGCGGCCCGCAGUGGACCGCGGACGACUGCGCCUGGCGUAACCACUGCCCGCCCGCGGCCAGCCUGGUGGCCUCGCCCGACGGGUCGCUCCUGGCGGCGGUGGGCUGCGCCGGCAUCUCGCUGCACCGGCUGCCGGGUCUGGAGCCGCACGGCCGCAUGCUCAAGUCCGAGGGCGGCCUGGCCUUCACCGCUGCAGCCUUCAGCCGCGACGGGCGCCUGCUGGCCGCCACCACCAGCUCCUGCGCGCUGCUGGUGUGGGACACCGCCGACUGCAAGCAGCUCGCCUGGUGCGGCGACAACGCCGACGCCGCCACCGCCGCCAUCAGCCGCCUGCCGGGCGCGCCCACCGCCAUCUCGUUCUGCCCCUCUCCCGCCGCCGCCGCCGCCACUACCACAUCAGGCGCCGCCGCCGCCGCCUCUGCGGCCGGCCGGCCUUACCGUCUUGUGGUGAACGGCCCGGGCGGCCUGGUGCACUUCGACCUGGGCCGCCCCGUGGACGGCACAUAUCUGCCGGACGGGGCGGGCUCGCGGCGGCAGGCGCGCGGGCGGCUGCGGCCGGAGCAGCGACCGGCGGCGGAGGACCGGCCGGAGAGCCGCGGCGGCAAUGGGCGCGUGAUUCGCACGCUGCACCCGGCGGUGUGGGUGGGGCACCUGGGGGCGGCGGACCUGCUGCUGCUUGAGAAGCCGUGGGAGGAGGUGCUGGCGGAUCUGCCGCCGCCGUUGCUGACGCACGUGUACGGCAGUUAGUGGGUUGGCUGGUUGGAGGACGUGGGGCGCUAGGUGCUGGUUUAGCUGUAGGUUGGCUAAGCGAUUGAAGCGGGAGGAAUGCUGUUUAGCGGGCGGGGGGGGGGGCUGAAUGUGUGAUUGUGGUUGUGGAUGUGGGCGGGUGAUGCGAUGUGAAUUAGAUGCUGCCAAUACGCCAGGAGUGUGACGGUAUGUGAAAGACGAUGGUUGCAGAUCUGGCCGUUGUCUGUUGCAUAGAAAGCUUGUCAGCUGCAGCGUGCGUAGUGCUGCCGGGCUGGAUCACAUGGUUGAUGCGGGGCUGAUAUCGUUUGUUUGGGCCGCGAGGUUGGUGUAGAGGACCCAUGGGAAGGGAAUGUGCUGGCAACUGGCAAUGCAGUAGCUGUCUGCAUGCGUCCGGAGUGGUCUGGUGAGGAAGGUCUGGGCCGCUGAAGUUGGGGGGAUCUGUCGUCGUCCCUGGGGGUCGCCGCACGGGGUCGCCGGGUUUCGGGAGCCCAUCCUGGCGGAACUAGGUGUCAAACGCAGCACGACGUGGCUCAAAUAUGCCGUAACUGCACAAACAAGUAUGGAAGGGUCCCUUUGCGCGUCCUGGCGUGGACCUGACCGCGCAUGUCCCUGCAUUCGACACGUGCGCACUGACAUGGCAGGGCUCUCCAGCGCUGGUGCGCAUGAAUCUAUAUUUAACAAGGCUGCUGAUGCACGCCGUUCAUGCAUCCCAAAUUCCCACGGAAGGGAGCCGAACGUGGGGUGCGCUGGGUCGAGGGGAUUUCCAUGGGUAGGACCCCGCCGUCCCGCGCGUGACCUAAGUCUGCUCUGGUCUGCUGGACCACCGGUGGCACAGUGUGACAGCGCUCGUUAAGAGGAGUCGAUCUGUCGAUUGGAACCAUUAUGGAAUAGAAUGAGGGUGUAAACCCCGUAACGACAAGGUUUGGUCCGUGGAGGGUUCGGUCGUUCCCUCAAGGUGGGCCCCAGCCCCCGGGGCAGGGGUGCAGGGGCAAGACAACAGGGCGCAGACAGGCAGGAGAGGGAGGCCGAGUGCACGGCUAAGUGGUGCGCGAGCCGGAUGCGAGUAUGAGACAAACACAGCCGGACGCAGUGUGAGGAAGCGCCGCGGGUUGGAAUGGGGAAAGCCGUGACUGAAGUCCGGGGUCAAGCUGCGUCGCGCGCCCUAUGGACCGAGGGAGUUGCGCGAGAGGUUUGCUGGUGAUGGCGUACGUUGGGCUCGUGAUGGAACAUGGCAAGGGGCAGGAAAGCGUAGUCCCGAUGUGUGUGGUUCCCACCCGUGCCCACAUAAAUGCGUAGCAAGAAGGGACAAGGCAUUGGUGCGUUGUUCGCGCGCUGUUACUGUACCGACGGUAGCUGGCAGGUUGUGUCGAUGUUUUGCUGACGCGCAUUCCUCACGCUCCGGGCGCCCGGCCAAGGCGAUAGCACCACACAGACUCAAUGCGACGCCACACCGCGCGGAUAGCAUAGCCGAUGCGCACCUGCAGGCAGUCGACCGGCGUCCACGGAUGAGCUGUGUAGACGAGCACUAGCGUAAUGCAACGGCGUGCAGCAAAACAAUGGCCGGGCGACAGUGUGACAAACAGGGGCAAGAACAAGGCGAAGCAAAGCAGAAGAGGGGCCCGAAUGUGUACGACAAUUGUGGCGGGCAGGCCGAAUGCGGUGUACGUUGGGCUGGCUGUAAGCGACAAGCUGU